GUUUUGGUUUUGUGUUGGUUUUUUUUUUUUUUUUUGAGUUUCUUUCAAAAUCAUGGACAACGUCAAGUCGUUCUUCAACAAGCUAAAGGCGUCUGCGACCAACACGCCUGUGAAGGGCGGCGGCGGCGGCGGCGGUGGCGGGAUGAUGGGUGGGAGCAGUCCAGCCAGCUCGCCUGGCCGCGGUGCACUGUCGCCGUCCUCUGCCCAGCUACGCACCGGCGGCGGUGGAUCUGCCCUGCUGUCGCCGUCGUCGAGCCACGGCCAGCGCCCCGAGUGGUGGAUGGACAGCAAGCAGAUUGUGCAGCAGGGCGUGCACGACAGCAGCCGCCGCGUCCAACUGCUCACCGGCCACUGGGAGUCGCUCGAGAGCUGCAUCAAGGCGCAUGUUGGCACAGACCGCGUCCACGACUUGGAUCGCUUGCCCAUCCGAAACAACCUCGUCUCCAUCGUCAACAUUCUCACUGAAGAGGACAGAGAACUGCGAGACCCGCCAUACGUCUGCUUUGAAUUAUUCAUCGAACAACGCAUGUUUGAAAUCAUCAGCCCAGACCACGUCUGCAAGUGCUUUAAACAGCUGCGCGGCGAGCUGGCAAAGGCCAUCUCGAUGCUGCUGCAAAUCCUGCAGAACAACUCGCUCUUGCAGCACGAGACAACCACCGAUGCAAUCAACAUUCUGCUGGCAGACAGCCAGGCCAACAAGGACUGCAUAUCGCCCAGCAGUUUGCUCGAUCUGCUGCACUCGCUCACGUCGAGCAUUGGCAAGCACCCUGCCUACCUCGCGCAUUUCCUCAAGGACAGUCCGUCGCGCUCGCAGGGGCAGUCCAACAGCGUCAGCCAGAGCAACAGCUUUGGCAAUUUGACAAACCUCUCGCCGUAUGCCGUCGGUGGCAGCAGCGGCGAGACUCCCUUCUCGGGACGACCAAGCUAUGAGCAGCUGGAGGACGGGUUUGGCGCUGUGAUUUCAGCCCCUUCCUCGCCCUCGCCACCGCCAAUACACACCCCCAGCAAGCGCAAUCGUGACCCCUUUGCGACACGCGAGUGCACCAUUCUGGCGCUGCUCACCACCAACAUCCACGAGAUGCAAUCCAUGAUUGGCGACAAGGCCCGCGCCGCAAUGUUGCCCUUGCUGCAAGUGUCGCAUUCUCAACCCGCACUGUCUCGCGCCAUUGUCGAUAGCUUUUGUCCUUUUCUGGCGGCGGGGUUGAGUGCCUACUAUUCUCCCCUCCCGACAGAGCUGCCCGUCCCGCUGACCGACUGGAUUGCCCUGACACAAAGCCGAAGUCUGAGCACCUCUGCCGUCUCUUCUGCCCAACUGCAAAAGUACCAGCAGCAAUUGCAGCUUCAGCUCCAAAACCAACAACCAGGACGGCAAGUCUCCAGGUCGGUCCUCAGCAUGCAAGACCUCGACAACCUGGUGCACUCGCUUGACUUUUGCAACCAGGUCGCCUCGCGCGCAACCGCCGACGUGGCCCGAGCGCUGGCGCAAGCCAUGUGCGACAUUUUCUUCAACUGCGUCCUGGGUCCCGCGCUCUACCACACGACCAAGGAGGAGCGCGUGGCGUCGUUCACCUAUUUUGAGCAGUGCGUGGCCGAAGUGAGCGAUCCUCGGCUCUUGCGCGUAUUUAUCGAGUUUGUACUUGGGUUUGAGCAAGAAGACAAGCCGUUGCGAUCCAACCUGUUCCGCUUCCUGUCUCGCGACGCCUGCGAGGAGGAAAUGAUUGCCGGUCUUCGGCUCGUCCACACCAUGCUCCUCACAUUCCGCGCCGAUGCCUUUGGCGGCCUGCUUUUGCAGGACGUCGUCAACAGCGAGGUGGGCGCCCAGCUGCGCUCGUACGAGGCCAAGCAGGCUACCCUUGCACAGCAGCAACGCGUCGAGCAGCAGACGCUCCUGCAUUUGGAUUCGCUCAGCUCAAACGACCACGGACGCUCCACAGACGACCAACAGCGACAGCUCAUCAAGGAGGCAGAGCACCACAUGGCUCGCGCGCAGCUCAAUCAAUGGCGCGACUCGAUGGAAGAGUUUGGUCGCAGCGCCGCGGCCUUCCUGAUGCUGCAUCCCUACGCCUUGGACGACGUCUCGCCCGACCACAGUGGCUACGAGUCGUACGUCGAGCAGGCGCGCCUUCUCAUGGAGCGCGCCCUCGCCAGCUUCCCGACCAGCAUUGCUUGGUCGUCGGAUGUGUACCUCGCGCCCCUGUCGACCAUUUCUGGGCCACUGCCGCGCGUCGAGCAGGUUCUUGGAGAGGGUGCCAGUCUGCUGAUGGGCUCAACACCUGCGGCAGCGUCCACAAACGCGCGCGAGCCCAUCUCGUACCGCGCGGUGAAUGUCUGCGGCGGAACGGCCGUGAGUCGACCUCGAGAACGCAGUGCGGAGCCAUUUUACCCGCCUCCAAGUUCUGUUGCGGCUCGGUCAAAGCCCGGUCAACUGCAGCAAAAUGAACCGCCAAUCCCGCAACAGGCCGAUCUGUCGACGCUCGCGUUCAUGGGCGUCCCGCGACACGCCGGUGCUGGACCGCUGCUCAAUUCUCUGUUUGAUUUGCUCGAAAACAUGACGACGCAAAGCUACUCUGUCAACUUGCUGUUGACGGCUGUUCUCUCGCAGCUCGCUGUCGCGCCAGUCCCAUGGCUUCGGCAGUACAUGAUCAACACUGAGCUUCCGCUCGCGCCUGGGACGCGGUCGCUCUUCCGCUCGCUGACGAUUGCUGCCGGAAGCAUUCGCAAAGGCGCCGCCGAACUCGAGCAGUUUGCCGAGCGUCUGUCCUCGGCCAAGGCCCACCUUGCCGCGACCUCAAUGUCUCCGCCCAAGCCCAAUGUGCCGAGCGUGGCGACCGUCACUCCCAAAAACUCGCCAAUGAAGCCCUCCUCGGUUGCUUCGCCUGCGGCGGCAGCGGCGGCGGCGGCCACAUCCCAUGUGCGACACACCCCGAGUGGCAAGCUGGUGCCUUCGCUCUCGCAGCUCACGCUCGAGCAGCGGCAGCAGUUCACCUCGAUUGCCCUUGCCUUUACGUGCGAGUCGACCGAAGUGCGGACCUUCCUCCUCGCCGUGAUUGUUUUUGAAGAGUUUGUCAAGGAACUCAGCGCGAUCGCGCAAGAGCUGUGUCUCGACACAAUGUUUUAACUCCAGAGAGGGGGGGGGAGGCGGGUGGUGGUUGUAGGGUUGGAAUAGUUGGAUGCAAGAAGCACACACCAUAUCCA